AUGAGCAUCGAGGCCCCACCCACACUCCAGGAGCUGACAAUGCAGAUCCUGCUAAGGAACCAGGCCUUGGUUGUUUCUUCUGUAGACAGCCUGCCACAGGCGCUCUUUCUUCAGUUCUUCAAAGAGGCCUUUGCCUACAGAAGCACAGAGAUCCUGAAAGCCAUGGUGCAGGCCUGGCCCUUUCCCUGCCUCCCUCUAGGAGCCCUGAUGAAGACACGAGAUCUGAAAGACUUAGAGGUUGCCCUGGAUUUGAUUAAUAUGCUGUGGCGCCAGAAGGUUCACCCCAGGAGGUGCAAACUCCAAGUAGUGGAUUUGCGAAAUGAGCAGCAGGACGUCUGGUCUCUGGGCUACAUGGCCAUGGCCCAUGCCUGCUCUGCAAAGGACAUGACUGAGCAGGGAGCAGCAUAUCCUGGAGCAGGGAUGGUAGCGAAGAAGCCCGUGAAGGUGUUUGUAGACAUCUGCAUCCAAGAAAAAGAUGAUGUCCUCAAAGAUAAAUUCCUAGCCCGCCUCCUGCGGUGGGCCAAGAAGAGAAAACAUUUAGGAAAGUUGUACUGUGAAAACCUGCAGAUGAAUAUGCCCCACGUAUGGGAAAAUAAAGGGACCUACUUAAUUCUAAAUGUCCUGCAGGUCAUGCAGCUGAACUACAUCCAGGAGCUGCACGUGGUGCACUACUGGAAUCGGGAUACCACUAACACACUUGUUCGUUACGUGGGCAGGAUGCAAAAUCUUCGUGUCUUUUCAUUCAGCUGUGUGAGUGCCAAAGACUACACUUCCCCUUCCUUAAACGAGUGGUAUUCGUCCAUGUAUUCUGCUCAGUUACGAAAGCUGACAAAACUCCGGGAACUGCGUCUGUAUGAUGUCUUCUUCCUGUACGGAAAACUGCACAAGAUACUCAGGAGCCAGACACCCUUGGAGAGCCUCUCUUUGGGGUCAACCCCACUAAAGUUGUCAGACUGGAUGCACCUGUCCCAGUGUCCCAGCACCAGCCAGCUCAAGUACCUGCACCUACAGGACUGCCGUUUGGAAGACUUGAGUCUAGAGCUCCUUGGAGCUCUGCUAAAGCGAGUGGCCGGCACCCUGGAGAGCCUGCUCCUGGAGGAGUGUGUGAUCACCGACUCCCAGCUUGAUGCCAUCCUGCCCGCCCUGAGCUGCUGCUCCCAGCUCACACUAUUCAGUUUCUUUGGGAACCACAUCUCCAUGGCUGCCCUGGAGAACCUGCUGAGACACACUGCCAGGCUGAGCCAGUUACGCCUCGCACGGUAUCCUGCCCCUCUGGAGAGCUAUCGCUGUGGUUGGGGUCAUUUGGACAAUGAGAGCUUUGCCCAGGUUCAAGUGAAGUUGAGGCAGGUACUGAGGGACAUAAGGCCACCCCACGAGGUCCAGAUCGGAGAUGUUCCAGGUCCAGCUCCUCCUGAUAAGCGGGCCAAGGAAGCACACCUGAUUACUUACAUCCCACCCAGCUCAGUGUUCUCACAUCUCAACCCAGAGAUGAUUAGGAACAGAGUCCUCACCUGGUCAGGCUUGGAAAAGCAGCAGGUGCUGGCAGGGCAGAGCCUGCUGAGGACCGAGGCCCUGGACAUCUGUGCUCUGGAGAAACUGCCCAUGAAGCAAUUUCUCUCAUCUGUUCAUGGAGGCCUCAGCCAGGAGAUGCACUGA